AUGAUGCAGAUAAACCUGCAUCAUUGUGAAGCGGCCUCGACAGAAUUGACAAACUUUCUCACCAAAUCCCAAACCGACGUGGCCCUGAUCCAAGAACCUUGGAUCAAUCAAAAUAAGGUUUGCGGGUUGGGGAUAGCGGGAUACACGUUCGGUGACAUCACUGUCGUCAACAGAGAAACCAGAGCUGAGCGGACGCUGACAUUUUCUUCGGUGUAUAUGCCGUAUGAGGUAGCAGAUCCACCAGGCAACGAGGUGCUGGAGCUAACGGUGUAUGCAGAAAGGAGAGGUGUUAUCCUGGUGAUAGGAUGUGAUGCAAAUGAUCAUCACAGCCAGUGGGGCAGUGCUGAUAUUAAUAAAAGAGAUUUACAUCUGUAA